AUGGUCAACCAGACAAAACACAAAUCCAGACCUUCAAACACCUGGCAAGUGUGGGCCAUCUAUGUGGUCUUAGCUGCAAACCUCUCCAAACAGCAGGAGCUGAAGCAGGUUUGUCCUUCAUGCCAUAACACUCAGCUUUGCAGCUGCUCUUCCAUGGGCUUGGACUUCAUUCCCACAGGAAUCACUGACAAAAUCACAGCGUUAAACCUGUCCCACAACAGGAUAAAGCAGAUCCGAACCCAGGAUCUGCAGCAGGCUGUGAACCUCAGAUCCCUUCUCCUGCAAGGCAACGAGAUCAGCUCAAUAGAUGAGGACUCGUUUCGCUCCCUUGGGAAACUGGAGCUCUUGGACUUAUCAGAGAACAGCUUGGCUCACUUGUCCCCUGUGUGGUUUGUGCACCUUUUUUCACUCCAGCACCUCCACCUCCAGGGGAAUUCCUACAGAGACCUUGGGGGAAGCUCCCCUUUUUCCAGCCUGAGGAACCUGAGCUCUCUCCACCUGGGCAACCCACAGUUCUCCUUGAUAAGGCAAGGGAACUUUGAGGGCAUUGAGCUUCUCGAUAAGUUGUGGAUUGAUGGUAGCAGUCUUGGUCAGUAUGAGCCAGGAAGCUUGAAACCGAUUAAGAAGAUAAAUCACAUGAUAAUAAACCUAAAAAACACGAAUAUAUUCUCAGCAAUUGUCAGGGACAUUCUUCACUCUGUCAUUUGGUUAGAAGUGAGAGAAAUCAAACUGGAGAUUGAAAAAAAAAGCUUGGUGCAGAACUCUACACCUCCUUUUAGCAUACGAAAACUUACAUUUAAAGAUUCUUCAUUCACAGAUCAAUAUAUAAGCAGAAUAAUAGUAUUACUGAAGGAGAUCACUUCUUUGCAGGAGUUAGAGGCAAUUGAUUGUGUGCUUGAGGGGAAAGGAGCAUGGGAUAUUACAGAAAUAUCACACAGUGGGGAAAGUUUUGUUGAAACGGUAUCAAUAAUAAAUAUAAUGAUUCCGAAUUUUCAUUUGUUUUUUGACCUGGAAGGCAUGGAGUCACAAAUAAACAAACUGAAAAGACUCACCAUUGCAAGCUCUAGGGUUUUCAUGGUACCAUGCAGACUUGCAAAACAUUUUUCUUCACUUCAGUAUCUGGACUUUCAUGAUAACUUGCUCGUAAAUAAUCGCUUAAAUGAGACAAUCUGUAAAGGUGCUUGGCCUUCAUUGCAAACUUUAAAUCUAAGUCAAAACUCUCUGAAAUCUCUGAAGCAGACUGCAGACUCUGUAGCUCGGCUACCCAAACUGAUUAAUCUUGACAUUAGCCUAAAUAAGUUUGAUGAGGUUCCAGAUAUGUGUGAAUGGCCGAAAAAACUGAAAUAUUUAAACCUCUCCAGCACCCGAAUUCUUAAACUAACAACUUGCAUUCCCUCAACG